UCUCAUUUGUAAUUUGGCAGACGGCGUGCGCGGAUCGGAGCAGAACUCAGAGGCGAUAUAGCGACAUUAGCGAAACAAGCGAUCGGGAUCGGGUCGGCAGAUCAACGUUAUUUGCUUUACAGUUUUGUUCCAGCUGCUUUUGGAAUUAGUCGCACACACCGGCUGGCUGGUGAAAAGAGACAGAACCAAAAAAAAAGUGCGUGGGUGCCACUUGUUGUUUCGCUCUCGCCAAGUGCGCGAUCUCUCCGUCGCCGUCUCCGUUUUGCGCGUGCGCCAAGUGCAAGGAAGAAAGUAAUACCAAAAGCAAAAGAAAUCGACAUCGAAAUCGGAAUAGAAAUCGGAAUCGAGUUAAAAACGCAGCGUUAAGUGCGCGAUAAGGACCCGCCGUUGUCCUUUAACCCGUAACCGUGGCGAAGGAACUGGCCAGCUUGCUAAAUUUACCAAAUAACAAUCCCGAGAUGACACAACAGCCACAAUGGGGCAUAAACCUAUCCAGGUAUUUCAUACUCCCGCAGCGGGUGAUCUUGGCCAUUAUGGGCUUCCUGGCCAUCCUGAAUGCCUACACGAUGCGUGUCUGCCUUUCGCAGGCCAUCACGGUGCUGGUUGUCAAGAAGAACUCCACGGACGAUGAUUCUGAGGCUAUCUGCGAGCCCGACGAUCUGGAUGAGGGCACAAGCACUGGCGGCGAUUAUGAGUGGUCUGAGGAGCUGCAGGGCUUGAUCCUGUCCUCCUUCUACAUCGGCUACAUUGUCACCCACAUUCCCGGCGGUCUGCUGGCCGAGAAGUUUGGCGGCAAAUGGACCCUGGGCAUUGGCAUCCUGUCCACCGCUGUCUUCACCAUGCUCACGCCUCUGGCCAUCGAUCUGGGUGGCUCCGAUUGGCUAAUUGUCACUCGAGUUCUGAUGGGUCUCGGGGAGGGCACCACCUUCCCUGCUUUGAGUGUACUCCUGGCGGCCUGGGUGCCGGCAAACGAGCGUGGCAAGCUUGGUGCUCUAGUGCUGGGCGGCGGUCAGGUGGGCACCAUUAUGGGCAACCUGCUGUCGGGAGUGUUCCUCGAUGCCUACGACUGGCCAUUUGUGUUCUACUUCUUUGGCGGCCUUGGUGUCAUCUGGUUUGCAAUCUUUGUCUUCCUGUGCUACAGUGACCCCGUUUCGCAUCCGUUUAUUAAGCCCAGCGAGCGCGAGUAUCUGGUUAAGGAAAUCGGCACGAUUAGCCGCAACGAGGACUUGCCGCCGACUCCAUGGAAGGCCAUUCUCACCAAUCUGCCCAUGUUCGCACUGGUGUCCGCUCAGAUCGGUCACGAUUGGGGCUUCUACAUCAUGGUGACUGAUCUGCCCAAGUACAUGGCCGAUGUUCUGCAGUUCUCGAUCAAGGCCAACGGCCUGUACUCCUCCCUGCCGUACGUCAUGAUGUGGAUCGUGUCCGUGGGCAGUGGCUUCGUGGCCGACUGGAUGAUCCGUCGCGGCAUCAUGAACACAACGAAUACGCGUAAGGUGAUGACAGGACUGGCUGCCUUCGGUCCGGCCAUCUUCAUGGUGGGCGCCUCCUAUGCCGGCUGCGAUCGUGUCCUUGUCGUGGUCCUCUUCACCAUCUGCAUGGGUCUGAUGGGCGCCUACUAUGCGGGCAUGAAGCUGAGUCCCCUGGACAUGAGCCCCAAUUACGCUGGCACCCUGAUGGCCAUCACCAACGGUAUCGGAGCCAUAACGGGUGUGAUUACGCCGUAUCUGGUGGGCGUGAUGACACCAAAUGCCUCGCUGCUGGAGUGGCGCCUGGUGUUCUGGGUGGCUUUCGGCGUGCUCUUCGUCACUGCCAUCGUGUACUGCAUCUGGGCAUCCGGAGAGGUGCAACCGUUCAAUAACGCACCCAUCCAGCCGCGGACGGUGGACUUUGAGGCGCAGGAACGCAAGCCGGAGGCCGGAAAGGCAAGGGCUGCUCUGGAGCACAGCUCCUAGAGAGGAUCGCCAACGAAUGUGCCAUAUGUACUGCUGUACUCUAGUUCAAAUGCUGCCAGCGGGGGCGCAGCGGUGGCUGCUGUUCAGAUUGCUAGUUUUAUAGUAUUCCCGAUCUGGCCGAGCCCCGGCAGAUGAAGGCAGAAGGCGCCAAAUGAUUUAAUUUAAGCGAAUUUACUUACACUCCCCCCGAACGUGCGCCGCAUACUUCUACGUAUUCCUGUUGUAGACAGGAGCGAUCCUUGUGGCUCCUUCCUUCGCAUCGCGCACGCCACGUACUCUCUUAAUUAUUAUUUAGUAUUUAAAUCUAAAAAUCGCUUUCCACGUUUAAGACUUAGUGUGUAAUUGCACAGAGCUCGUCGUAUUGCCGUAUUGUAAAGAAUCAAAUUAUGAAAAACCUUGUACAUUUUAGAUUGUUGAUCAAUGUGUAAAGUGAAACUUUUUUAACUGUCCCGUUUAAGACAUUACUUGUUUUUAUGACGUUAGUCAAAUAAAGUGUAUAAAGCAAAUUGUAAUCUUAA